AUGCCUGCUCUUCUGUUUUUUCUUUCAAUUCUUUCCAUAUUCUUAAUCUCCGCUCUUCCUCAUUCUCCCAGCAAUCUCGCUGAACAGCAAGAAUUGCUAUUGAGCUUUAAAGCUGCCGUUUCCAUAAACGGCAAUUCUCUGGCCGACUGGACUCCCCUUCACCCCUUCUGCAACUGGUCUGGUGUUAUUUGUCACUCCUCUUCCCACUCUGUCCGUGCCAUCAAUUUAACCCAAAUGAGUUUAUACGGCACCAUUUCUCCGGCGCUGGGCAAUCUCUCCUCUCUUCGAUCCCUCGAUCUCUCCAACAAUUACCUCACUGGUAUCAUUCCACCUCAACUGGGCCAACUCCCAAAUCUGCGGAUACUCUGGCUUCACCACAAUAAAUUACAAGGAACAAUUUCGCCCGCUCUCUGCGCUCGCCGCAGUUUGUAUGACCUGGAACUCUCCUACAACCAACUGCAUGGCUGCAUUCCGUCCGAGCUGAGCCUUCUCACAAGUUUGAACAUCCUCUACUUGGGUGGUAACAAUCUCACGGGUAACAUUCCGCCCUCUUUCAAAAAUCUCUCCACCUUAGUUCAAUUGGAUUUGAGCGACAAUAAGUUAUCGGGCUCCAUUCCUCCCGAAUUAGGAAUGCUCACUAACCUGGAGCAACUUUACCUUUAUAACAAUAACUUAUCAGGCACCAUUCCCGGCUCUUUAACAAAUCUACGAAAACUGAAUAGAUUAAGUUUAAACAGAAACCGGCUAAGUGGACACAUUCCAUGGGAAAUUGGAACCAGGCUCUCCAAUUUGGAACACCUUAGCUUAUGGGGAAAUCAGCUGAGUGGAAGCAUACCAAACUCCUUGGGAAAUUGUUCCCGUCUCAAACUACUUGCUUUAGAGAGGAACCAACUCGGAGGAACGGUUCCAAUGGAGCUGGGAAAGUUAAACCUUCUUACAAUUCUUUACCUACACACCAAUCAACUUGUUAGUGGCAGCACUAACAAAUUGGCCUUUCUCACUGCUCUCACAAAUUGCUCCCGCUUGCAACUAAUAGAAAUGUCAUAUAAUCAUUUAACAGGUAUAUUGCCCCCAUCCAUAGGUCAACUGUCUUCCAAUCUCAAUUACUUGGGUUUACAAGGCAACCUAAUAAGCGGUAGCAUACCACAACAUAUUGUCAAUCUGACAAACUUAGCUUUCUUAGAUCUAAGCAAUAAUCUUUUUAGUGGCAAUAUUCCAUCCGGAAUUAAAAGAUUCCGUGAGUUGGAAGAAUUGUAUUUGAAUAGGAACAGAUUAGAAGGAAGCAUUCCAAGUGAGAUAGGUCAAAUGCAACAUCUGGGGCUCUUAAAUGUCAGUGACAACCAGUUAUCUGGAAAAAUUCCACAUUCUCUUUGUAACUCCCAGCAGCUAAGACGUCUUUUUCUUCAUCACAACAAGUUAUCAGGGAAGAUCCCUGUUAGUUUGGAGGGAUGUCAGAAGUUGGAGCUUCUUGACUUGUCUCACAAUAAACUAGUGGGAAGAAUACCCGGUGAAGUCAUUGCCAGCCUUAAGAACCUGCAAUUCUACCUCAAUCUUUCAUGGAAUUCUCUGCAAGGGUCGUUGCCACAGGAGAUGAGUAAAAUUGUCAUGGCUCAAGCCAUAGAUAUAUCUGGAAACAAAUUGACGGGGAUCAUUCCAAUUUCUAUAGGAGACUGUACAGCAUUAGAGCAUCUAAAUUUGUCCCACAACGCCUUUGAAGGUUCGGUACCACGAUCACUUUCCAAAUUAAAAUAUCUCCAGGAGAUAGAUCUUUCUUACCAUAAUUUGUCGGGGCAGAUUUCAGAAGCGGGGUUGUUUCCAAAUAGAACUGUUGUAACAUUGUUUAUGGGGAACCCUGCCCUAUGUGACCCAAAAAAUUAUUCCUUGUCUCCAUGCCAAAAUCAGCACCAGGGAAAAAAUUUCCUACUGAUAAAAAUAGUCUUACCAGUUGCUGGAACCAUUGCAUUUGUAUUAAGCUUCUUCAUUAUUGUAAUGCUAUGGAGGCAUAAAUUUUCAAGGAAAUUAGUCAGUCCCUCAAGCUUUAUGUUUCAAAAGCUCGGCUAUCAAAAAUUUUCUUAUCAGGAUCUUGUCAUUGCAACUUCUGGAUUUGAUGAGUCAAACUUGCUUGGUGUGGGUAACUUUGGAUCUGUCUACAAAGGCAUUUUGAAGGAUGGUAAGAUUGUUGCCAUCAAAGUUCUUAAUUUGCAAAAUGAAGAAGCUGAUAAGACCUUUAACCUAGAAUACAAAUUGCUACGGAGGAUUAGGCAUCGUAACCUCGUCAAAAUCAUAAGUGCAUUUUUCUACCCUGGUUUCAAAGGUUUGGUUCUUCAAUUUGCAUCUAAUGGGAGCUUGGAGAAACAUUUGCACUCUGGCAGAGAUGGUGAGGGCAUUUGUACAAUGGGAUUGAGUGUGUAUUUGAGCAUUGCUCUAGAUGUAGCUCAUGCAAUGGAAUAUUUACAUCAUGAUUGUCCUCUACAAAUUGUGCAUUGUGAUUUAAAACCCAGCAACGUUCUCCUGGAUGCCAACAUGACAGCCCUUGUCACUGAUUUUGGUAUAUCCCGGUUAACUACUACAAAUUCCGUAGAUUCACUGAGUACAACAACAUUUGCACUCAAAGGAUCCAUUGGCUAUAUUGCUCCAGAGUAUGGAUUGGGUGCGAAUAUUUCUACAAAGGGAGAUGUUUAUAGUUACGGAAUGCUGAUAUUAGAGAUGAUUACUAGGAAGAGGCCAAGUGAUGACAUGUUUGUGGGAAACCUGAACUUGCAAAAGUGGGUGAGGUUGUCUUUUCCAGACAGAUUGGCAGAUAUUGUUGAUAGUGAGCUGUUGAAAGAUGUGAAUGAAAAUAUGGAAGACAGUAGAUGUCUUCUUUAUUUUAUUCAUGUUGCUUUGCUUUGUACUGCUGAAUCACCAAGAGAACGACCUUCCAUAAGAGAUGUAGCCAAAGCCUUGGAGAGCCUGAAGACAUCUUUAAUGGGAGGUGCAGCUGCUUCCAAUUUAACAGCUACCAUAUCAGAACUUCUGGACAAUACCAACCCACAGGAACAGCUGCUUCCAGCUACCAUUUUAGAAACCCUGGACAAUACCAACCCCACAGGAACAUUGUCAUCUGACAGUCAAAGCUCUACAGUUUAG